AUGACGGUGUUUUCCACCAAGCAAGUGUUUCCGGUCGACUACGAGGCCGAAGUGUCACACCGGCUUCUAGAAGCUUCUCACUCCGGCGAUCUCCCCCUGGCCUUCCAAUGCAUUGCCGAUCCCUCCGUCGACGUCAACUUCGCCGGUGCCGUCACCUUGAAGACAUCCGCCACCGACCUUCUCCUCCUCCCCGAAUCCCCCAGCCAAGUCCGCUUCCACUUCCAGGAAUUCGUCUCCGACGUCACGCCUCUCUUCCUCGCCGUUCAUUCUGGUAACGCCGGCCUCGUCAAGAAGCUACUGAAUGUGGGAGCUGAUGUAAACCAGAAGCUCUUCCGAGGCUUUGCAACGACCGCAGCAGUAAGGGAGGGUCACUUUGAUAUUCUGGAGAUCUUACUUAAAGCAGGGGCAUCGCAGCCAGCAUGUGAAGAAGCGCUUCUGGAGGCAAGUUGCCAUGGGGAAGCAGAGUGUGUAGAAUUACUCAUGAACUCUGAUUUGAUCCGACCUCAUGUUGCUGUACAUGCUCUUGUGACCGCAAGCUGCAGGGGGUUUGUAGAUGUUGUUGAGACACUCAUAAAGUGUGGGGCGGAUGCCAGUGCAAAAGACCGGGUGCUUUUACAGUCACUUAAGCCUUCACUCCAUACAAAUGUGGAUUGUACUGCACUUGUUGCAGCUGUAAUUCACAGGCAGGUCCCUGUUGUUGAUUUACUACUGCAGAAUGGUGCUAGAACAGACUUUGAAGUGAGGCUUGGAGCUUGGUCAUGGGACACUUCAACUGGUGAAGAGCUUCGUGUGGGUGCUGGGCUGGGAGAACCUUAUGGCAUUGCCUGGUGUGCAGUUGAGUAUUUUGAAAGAAGUGGUGCUAUACUACGAUUGCUCCUGCAACAUGUCUGCUCCAAACCUCAUCGGGGAAGGACCCUUCUACACCAUGCCAUACUCUGUGGCAAUGUUGAGGCCGUCAGGGUGCUCUUAGAAUGUGGUGCUGAUGUGGAAUCCGCAGUUAAAACAACCGGCAAGACUGAGUUCCUUCCUGUCCACAUGGCAUCUUGUCUAGGCUUACCAACAAUUGUUCAAUGCCUCAUUGAUUUUGGUUGUGAUUUGAACUCUAUAACGGACUCUUGUGACACAGCUUUGAUGAUCUGUGCAAAAUAUAAACAAGAGGAGUGUCUCAAGGUACUAACAAGAGCUGGUGCUGAUUUUGGCUUGGUCAAUAUUGCUGGUCAAUCUGCAAGUUCAAUCGCUGAGUCAAGCAAGUGGUCACUUGGUUUUCAACAGGCAGUGUUGGAUACAAUCAGAAGGGGCAUGAUACCCAAAUCCAGCAAUACUAUAAUUUUUUCCCCUAUAAUAUUUGUUGCUCAAGCUGGAGAUACUGAAGCAUUGAAAACUGUCAUUGAAUCAGGAGAAUUUCAUCUUGACUAUCAAGAUGAUAGUGGCUUCUCUGCAGUUAUGCAUGCUGCUUCAAAGGGUCAUGUGGAAUCGUUUCGAUUGCUUGUAUAUGCUGGUGCCGAUGUAAAGCUGUGCAAUAAAUCUGGUGAAACAGCCAUAACCCUAUCUGAAAUGAAUCAAAAAUGUGAUUUAUUUGACAAGGUCAUGCUUGAAUUUGAGCUUGAAAAGGGCAAUUGUAAUGCUGGUGGCUUUUAUGCUUUACACCGAGCAGCUCGCCGUGGUGACUUGGAUGCUGUUACAUUGCUCACCAGCAAAGGUUAUGAUGUGAAUGUCCCUGAUGGGGAGGACUACACACCGCUCAUGUUAGCAGCAAGGGAAGGCCAUGCGUUGAUUUGCAAGCUUCUAAUUUCAUAUGGUGCUCAUUGUAAUGCUAAAAACGCCAGAGGGCAAACUGCACUUUUACUUGCAAGGAAAUUUGCAGGAGGGAAAAACGAUGCAGAGGCUAUUAUACUAGAUGAACUUGCACGCAAAUUGGUAUUAGAUGGUGCCUAUGUUCAAAAGCACACCAAAGGUGGGAAGGGCUCCCCACAUGUGAAACAAAUAAGGAUGUUAGGCUCUGCAGGUGUGCUUUGUUGGGGGAAGUCAAGCCGGAGAAAUGUGAUUUGUUGUGAGGCAGAGUUGGGGCCAAGCACAACAUUACGUAGAAAUAGGUGCAAGAGAGGGGAUGCAGAUAAACCUGGAAUGUUUAGGGUGCUCACUAACAAGAACAGGGAAGUGCAUUUUGUAUGUGACGGGGGAUUAGAAGUUGCCGAGCUUUGGGUGAGGGGUAUUAAACUUGUAGCCAAAGAGGCUGUUUUUCAUAAGCAGAUAUCGGUCUAA